UAUGGGAGACGUCGUCGUCCCUCUGUUGGCCACGGUAGGUUUGUCCGCUUGUUUAUGAGGAGAGGAAUCAGUUCUGUUCACACCGGAGUACACAGCCCGCUGCUGCUCACCGCGCUGAAUAAACAGAGUGACCUCUGCCUGCCUGCCUGCCUGCAAACUGCCUACAUGCGUAUAGCUCCUUGAAUAAUAGAGGCUGGCUGUGACUCACAGGACUGAUGAACAGUGAGUGUGCUGAUGAACGAGGGAGAGGAGGCCAGUGUGGCACUGAUGUGCACAAGAGUUUAUCUGCAGCUCAUUGGAAAAGUUUCUGAUGACAUCAUCCAUUGAACUUAAUACACCUGAUGGGGAGACAAUUUCAGCCUGAUUUCUAUUCUGAUGACAAGAUGAUAAAUAGAGAUAAAAUUGCCUUUUCCACAAUGGUUGUGACAAGAGCACUAUAGCUGACCAUGUGCAAGAGUUUGUAAACAUACUGUGCAGCUAAACUUCUGACCCAUUUCCUUUGGCCUCAGUUCUCUGGUUGUACCCCAGCAGAAAUACUCAACAAAAGGACAAGACAUCCUAUCACUGGAAGGAGUCUGUCUCAUUUAAAUUAACACUUCCUGUUUUUGCUCUAAAGAGCAACAUUUCUUUUACUACACUUUUUUGACUUACAAACUUGCAUGGAGAAGUGCUGAGGACGUCGUUUUGGCUGGUUUACCAUCACAGUCAAAAAGAAUACCCCUGGAAGCCAGCACCAAAGUGGCUGAAGGACUUACUAAAGCCCCCUCUGUGAGCUCCUGGGCUGGAGCUCUGGGGCAACACUGAACCCUGAGAUGCUCCAGACCAACAAUUACUCGCUGGUCCUACUGAUCCAGCUGGCUCUUUUGGCUUUUGACCUGUUUGUGAACUCCUUCAGUGAACUUCUGAGGGCAGCCCCAGUCAUCCAACUAGUGCUCUUCAUAAUCCAGGACAUUGCCAUCCUUUUCAAUGUGAUCAUUAUCCUCCUGAUGAUGUUCAACACGUACGUGUUCCAGGUGGGGCUGGUGUCUUUGCUUCUGGAGAGGUUCCGAGCAUUACUGAUGCUUUCUGCUCUCUACCUCACCCUCAGCAUCAGCCUUCACUGCUGGGUCAUGAAUCUGAGGUGGAUGGAGUCAAAUAGUUUUGUAUGGACGAAUGGCUUACAGGUGCUCUUUGUGUUCCAGAGGCUAGCUGCUGUAUUAUACUAUUACUUCUACAAGCGCACAACAGAGUACUUAGGAGAUCCGAGAUUAUAUGAGGAUUGCCCUUGGCUCCGUGAUGCUUUUGCUCGUGCUCGACAGUGAUCCAGACCUGAGGAACAUCUUUAGGGUGAAACUACUGUGUUUGGGUCGUGAUGGAUCCCUGGGGAAUGCAGUAAAAGGAAUUAAAGAGACUCUCAUGUUGAGCCUCAAUGCAUGCACAAGCAUAACCUUAAUACAACAGUGGAUGAUGCUACGUCCAUGACUUCCUUUGGGACGAAAUGCACCGACAUUGAAACUGAAGAAAAAAAAAAAUCUUUCAUAUUCAGUUCAUAGAAAUAAACAAAACUCAUGAAGCAGAUUACAAAUAUCUACAUCAUGAGUGUCCAUUAUGUACUUUUUGUUUCUUAAUUGGCAUCUAGAAAAUCCAAAUAUAUAUAUAUAUUUUUUUCAAACAGCGGCACAGUUUCAACUGCUGAUAUUUAUUAUUUCACAGUACUGAAUGUUGAAUUUUGUAUCAAAUAUUACAUUUAUUUAUGUAUUUUAUAUUUUAUAAGUUGUUUUGUCUCGGUCUACUGAUGAAAAAUGCCUAUUGAAAGGUCUUAAGAUGUGCUUGUGAUAAGAAUAUUUGUAAAUGUCUGCCUUUUUUGAAACCGAGCAAGUUUUUGGUGAAUGCGACUUAUUUUACUGUCUCAUUUUUAUUUCUUUUAUAUGUCUUCUUUUUUUUCUUUUUUACUUGAGUUCAUAAUGACCAUUCAACUAAAAUGAGAAUUCUCAGGAUAUGUUCCAUUUCAAAAUUUAAUGGUUAAGAAAAUGUGAAAAAAGUGCCUCACUUGUAAUUAUGCAGGUUGCAGUAAGUGUGCAGUAUCAUAAUGUACAGUAGUAACAUCCCUGCAUUGUCUGUUAAUAAAGGGUAGCAUUAAGAUUCAGCAUAGCUAUGAAUCUCAGUCAGUAGGUUUUCAGUUUUCACUACAGUGACACUGUUUACUCCUUUUGUGAAUUUCAUGUCUGCAACUUUAGAUCUGUGUUCAGGUGAUAAAAAAAAUGUUUUAAAUUUCGGUA